UUGGGUAUUUAUGUUUUUAUUAAAAUUUAUCACAGGUGAUGUGAGCAUGUAAAUUCUGAAGUUCUAUCCAAACCCUGGUACUGGUACCAUCAUGAGGUUUAACAAUAAAGAAUUGGUUCAUCUGGCUCACGAAGGAUCAUUUGACAAAGAGGGACCUCUGUUGAUGAAGGACAAGUUGGAUGGGUUGUUUAAGAAAGGAGAAGAAUAUCAGAAGCGAUAUCUGAGAUUGAAAGGAAACCUGCUAUUUUAUUUCAAAGACAAAGACAAAUCUGUGUCCAGUGAACCCCCUGUUGGAGUUCUGGUUAUAGAGAGAUGUACCGUAGAAUUGGACCUGGCAUCUGUAGACUUUGGAUUUCUUUUAGUUUAUGAGGGAGAGGAGCACACAUAUAAGUUCCAGGCGGCCUCAGAAGAAGAGAGGGAUGAUUGGAUCCAGAAGAUCCACACAGCCAGCUAUGAGUGCCUGAAGAUGCAGCUCCAGAGUCUACGAGAACAGAUUCAGGCCAAAACCGGGAGGGACCCCAUCACUCAACCCCCACCCACAGAAUUUGGCAUGGAGUUUGAAACCCAGUCAGGCAAUGCUAAUGACGACCCUGCUCUGGAGAUCUGCCUUUCCUGUACGGACCUACCCAAUGACAUCAGUGGACAGCCUCCCAAUCCCUUUAUUGUGCUGAGUACAAUAGUGCCACCCCAGCAGACCUGGAUCCAGCACAGCAAUACAGAGGUUGUAGAAGCCAAUAAUAAGCCCCAAUUUCUGAAGACGAUUGGAUUUGGGGACAAGGAUGGAGUUGAUACGACUAUGCGUGUGAAGAUCACUGUGUAUCAUGUCAAAGAGAGGCUAACAGGCACUAUGUCCCAAUUAGGCCAUGCCAUUUUCACUUUACAAGACGUUUUGAUGAGUGUAGAUAUGAAAACAACACUCAGGCUAUUAGGGCCUGACCAGCUAGGUUGUGGAACUGUGACUAUCAUGGCUUGGGUAAAUGACACAAACCUCUCCUUAUCACAAUCAGAGUCAGAAACAAGUCCAAAAAAGCCUGCCAUUGUACGGCGCCGCUCAAAACGUGUCGACACCCUCCGUCCACAUUACAAGAACAUCAUCACUCGUACAUUCCGAUUUGACACAACCAAAGGCGAUGUCAAACUCCUGGUGCAUGAAUACAUGGGAGAAAGCAUGUUUGCUUUUGACAUUCCAAUGCAACUUCUGAAGUUAUGGAUUGAAGAAGAAAAGCAUGUUUUGUCCCAGCUUCAGGAUAUAGGUCAGCUUCCCCAGGAAUACGAGAGUGAGCAGAUCGCUAUGAUAACUGUAUCAGCUGCCAUUGUCUCCAACUAUACUGACUCGCUCAACAGACUGAGCAGUCACCAAGGACCCUGCUUUAAAGCGAGCACCAUGAAAGGUGAUAAAGAGCUGGAGUUUGUUCCCUUGAAUCUCCAUCUGCAAAGAAUGACUGUGAUCAAUGAAGAAAAAAAUACCACUGGUUGGUAUGAUGUGAUCACUGUUGGGGCUUUCACGGCAUACGCUCAGAAAUAUAAACAUGGCGGCCUAAGUCGUCUGCUGACUCAGCUACAGGAAUCGUACUCCACGGAGAACGACACGGUGACGAACCUCUCAGUGGCCUGUGAUCUAGUGAACCAAAUAUAUGACCUCAAAAUGAGCAUAUCUAAGGACUGUGAUAGAUUGUGUAAGGUGACAGUGAAUGGAGCAGCAGAGGACCUGACAGCGGUGGCAGAUUCUCUACAGAAAAAGAUUAGAAAACUGGUGGAGAAAUGUGAGACACCAUUAGUCCAAAACACGGCAGAUGAAUACAACAGAAUUAAAAUAGAAAUGUCCCAGAAUUGUGAAAACUCUAAUUCAGGGGACACAACUAAGGACGGCAUGUCUAAUGGGGGAAUCAAGCGAGGAACCAACUGGAAGUGGUCCGGCACAGACUUUGUCAAGAGCUCCAUCGCUGAACCCUGGGAAAUGACCCGACUGAAUACUGAGGCUGCUGCCAUGUGUUUGAUCUCAAUUAUUGACGAUCUCGUGCUCAAGCAGAGUGAAUCUGCAGACAGGACAAAAUGGCUGGAUGAAAUCAGCCCAGCUGUUAUCAAACUUAAGAGUUUUCUGGAAAUUGUCUAUCAGAAAAUUCUAUUGAUUGUUAUGUUCCUACAUAUACAGGAAAACCGUGGAAAUUCCAGGCUGAUGCAUAUUGUGAGAUAUCGAAGAGAUGUGUGCUUUUCUCAUGCUUUCUUGUUUUACUUGUACAGUGGUUUUGUUACCAAGGUAACCACCUGUAUCUCAAAUGAAGACUUUCUGAGACAGAUACAGGAAGUAGGAGUGUUCUGUCAGUUCGAGGGAUUACUCAGUUGCUAUGGCGAUGAGAUGGGGAUGAUCGAGGAUUUCUGUGUGGCAGUAGAUGAUAUGAAGUUUGUCACUUUUCAGUUUGUCAAAUCAGAUGACCCUAGUGCUUCACCCACAGUCUUUCAGGAUGGCCAUUUCAAGAGUGGUGUUUAUGGAGAUUUUCACAGACACUGUGUCAGUGUACACAUUCCCCUUCAGGAUGAGAUGUUUGACAAACUACCAAUAGAGUUACAGCGAGGAGGCAAAGUGACCGUCACCCCUGUCAUCUUCAACAUUGGUAUCAAUGAGCAGGCCUCAUUGGCAGACAAAAUUGGUGAUACAUCACUGCAAGAAAGAAUCAAUGUUGAAAAUGUUACCAAAGUGAAUGAUUAUCUAGACAGCUAUGAAAAGAAACUUGGGAGUUUAGAUAAAGGAAAGUUAGGUCAGGGUACAAUAAAUGACUUGAGAAACAAACUGCAUUACAAUGUUAAUGCCAAAAAGAGCAAAAAUACAGAUGUUCUGAAACUGGCGGCAGAGAUCUGCAGGAAGAUAAAUGGGAUACGCAUCAUCAGUUGUAAGAGUGCUAAGGAUAGGACAUCUAUGAGUGUAACAUUAGAGCAGGUGUACAUACUUCAACAGGAGCAUGAUCUGGCUUCACACGUCUUCUCACAGUCACUGGACUGUUUUAGAAGUGAGGGAGUAAGAAGAGAAAACACAUAUAAAAACAUUGGUUCUAGGAAAUAUGCAUUUAAUAGUUUCCAGCUUCUUUAUGUUCCAAAACUCUACAGACCACCAAACGGGACUUAUGGAAAUGGUAACAAUGCUUCCCAACUAGAAAAAGAGAUAGGCUCAGAGCAGCUUCCUGCAAAUGAACAUUAUUUUGGGCUUGUUAAUUUUGGGAACACUUGUUACUGUAACUCCGUUCUACAAGCCCUCUAUUUCUGUCGACCGUUCCGAGAGAGAGUUCUUCAGUUCAAGCAGCACCAGAAAAAUAACAAAAAGGAAUCACUACUGACCUGCUUAGCAGAUCUGUUCUACAGCAUAGCCACACAAAAGAAAAAAGUGGGCACAAUCGCUCCAAAGAAGUUCAUCACUCGACUGAGAAAAGAGUAUGAGCUCUUUGACAAUUUCAUGCAGCAGGAUGCUCAUGAGUUUCUGAAUUACUUGCUAAACAGAGUGUCUGAGCUUCUUCAAGCAGAAAAACAAGGAAAUAAAGGUAAAGCUAACGGAGCAGAAAAUCAGAAUAAGACGGAACCCACGUGGGUAGAAGAGUUAUUCCAGGGCACCUUUACCAAUGAAACACGAUGUCUCAAUUGUGAAACAGUGAGCAGUAAGGAUGAGGAUUUUCUGGAUCUGUCAGUGGACGUAGAACAGAACACUAGUAUAACUCACUGUCUGAGAGGCUUCAGCAGUAUGGAGACGCUAAGUGCUGAGCACAAGUAUUACUGUGAAGUGUGCUGUAGCAAGCAGGAGGCACAGAAAAGAAUGAGAGUGAAGAAACUUCCACAGAUUUUAGCCCUGCAUUUAAAACGAUUUAAAUAUAUGGAACAGAUGAACAGAUUUACCAAGCUCUCCUACCGAGUUGUCUUUCCUCUGGAACUUCGACUGUUCAAUACGUCUGACGAUGCCUGUAAUCCAGACCGAAUGUAUGACCUUGUUGCCGUGGUGAUACACAUAGGAAGUAGUCUCAAUCGGGGCCAUUACAUCAGCAUCGUCAAAAGUGAUGGGUUCUGGUUGCUGUUUGACGAUGAUAUAGUGGAUAAAAUCGAUUCCAGUACAAUAGAAGAUUUCUAUGGAAUCCCAUCAGACUUGCAGAAGAAUUCCGAGACAGGCUACAUACUGUUUUAUCAGUCGAGAGAGUAGACAACAUCUCCAUAUUGUACAGAACCUCCAGGCCUGCUCCACUGGCAAUCAGCUGUUUUUAUUCCUUGUAUAUUACAAGGAGAAUUCUAUCACUACAGAGAUGUGGUAUUUGUGACCAGAGGUAUUUGUUGUUGUUUCUUUCUUUGUCUGAUGGAUGUGCUUAACGGGUCACAUUGUUAUGAAAAUUUACUUCAUUUCUCCAUGUGAUAUUGUUGUAUUCACGUUCAUUGAUCAGUGGUAUUCCGAUAAAGGUUUACCAUAGAGUUAUAAAUGGUUUUCCAUGAUAAAGGACAUGCCAUAUUGAAUGUGUAUGGUGUGAUAUUUUGCUUUAUUUGACCUCAUUUAUUGAUCAUGCCAGGGAUGAGAAUGUAAUGAUAGUCAUAAUUUAAAACCAACAUUAUUUAAUCUUCAACAUUUUUUAAUUUGCUGUCAAGAUAUUGUUUCAUAUUGGAUAUAGGUAUGAUGAAUAAUUGAUGAUGCUCUGAUGAAUUCUUAAUGGAAAAGUUAGAUGCUGGUGAACAUUUACUCUAAUAGUGCAAUGUUAGCAUUUAACCACUGUUUUAUUAUGAUAUUUUAAAUCAUUCCUCAUAUUUACAUACAGAUAUUUUAUACAUAUUACUUGUAUGUACAUUAAACAUUUAUUCUAAAAUAAUUAUUUUAUACUGAAAAAGUACUGAAGUAUACAAGAUCAUUUUUAUGAUGAUUGUGAAAAAGCAGUUUUUUAAAUCAAAUUUUCAAUUAAAGAUGAGGAAAAUACAUUUUUUU